AUAUAGAAGGAUAUUGAAGAGAAACCCUUAGCCUUGUUUUGUUAUCUAUUUUAUAACUAUAGUUUCACGUCAUAUAAGCAUUGUGAUGCAAUUUAUUGAUUUUAUCUGAAUAUCUCUAAAGUUGGACACUUAUUUUUGUAACGGGAAUUUUAAUUCUUUUAUUUUGAAGACACCGUCACUUGACUUUCGUUUUUUCCGCUUGUUUGUGAUGCUAACGUUAGCUGUUUCAUGCUAGGCAGGGAAACGUGGUUCUGUUAAAACAUAACCGGCUCAUUUACACUUUCUGAAACCGAUAGAUAUGUAGCAUCGAAUUUCGACUACAGACUGUCACUUGGUUUAUAUGUUCAAGCUUAAAACUGUCUCGAAAACCACCAGGCUUCACACCACUGUAGCUAGCUAGCUAGCUGGUUUAACAGUUACAAACAAUAACAUUACGGUUCGCGCGACGUCACUCACAACAACCACCACAGGACGAGUCCGAGUCAUCUUCUGUCCACCACACACCACUAGCUAAAUUUUGACGACUCCCUAAGACUAGUAAGUCAGUUGGUAUUUUAACAGGUUUCCCUACACAGAAACAGAGCUUUGGCUGUGACAGAAAGUACAAGGAGAGUAUCGUUAACGUUACCAGACAGAAAAUGCCAUCGAGAAAUCAUCUCGACAAAAUUGGGAGGAAGAAGAAGAAGAAAUGGACAGAGGAGGCCAUGGAACGUGCUCUGAUCGAGGUGAAGUCGGGAAGGUGUACAGUGAGACGGGCUGCCAAAGAGUUUGGAGUCCCUAAGUCUUCACUGGGGGACAGGGUUAGUGGACGGGUGACACCAGGGAGUCGCAGCGGGCCAGCUCAGCUUAUAACAUCUGCAGACGAGGAGCUGUUGGUGGAGUUCUCUUUAUACAUGUCGAAGCAUGGAUUCCCUCUGACGAAACAACAGCUGGUGUCCUUUGCCUCGUCCAUUUAUAAACGGCAACAUCGGAGGGUGGCAUUUUCUAAACUAGGUCAGACCUGGUGGCUCAAUUUCAGAAAAAGGCAAGAAAAGAAUAUAACCAUUCAGCCAGCAGACAAUGUUGUCCGUGGGAGGACGGUUAGUGUGAGGAAGGAAGCAGUGGAUCAUUUUUUUCAUUUACUCAGCGCUGUCAUGGAAGCUCACGGGCUCCGAGACAAGCCUCUUCAAAUCCUUAACUGCAACGAGGUGGGCUUUCAACUGGGCAGGAAGAGGGUGAUUCUCCCCAAAUCUGCCACUCUGGGUUGCAAGCCAACGUCAGGCUUGAGGGACCACAUCUCCAUCCUGGCUUGCUUUAGCGCAACUGGAGAGGACAUUCCCCCAUUUAUUAUCUACUCAAAGGCAUACCCAGGGGGAGUAUGUUAUAAGACUCAAGGGCCUCCCAAUGCCCUCUAUGGAUGGUCAGACUCUGGCUGUGUCAACUCGGACCUUUUCAAGAAAUGGUUCCUCAAACACUUCCUCCUACACACACCAAAGGAGCGUCCGCUGCUGCUGAUUUUUGAUGGCCACAAGUCUCCCAUUCACCUUGAGGUGGUGGAAGCAGCUCGUAAGGAGGAUGUGAUCCUUCUGUGCCUUCCACCUCAUUGCUCCCACAUCCUGCAGCCACUCGACGCGGGUCUCUUUGUUCUCCUAAAGCAGCAUUUUGCAGCACUCCUAGGUGAUGGUUGUGCCACUGAUACCCACUAUGCAGUCAGCAAGAAGGAGUUCUCAAGUGUGUUUAAAGAGACGUAUCAGUUAGUGAAGGAGGAGGAGGGUGUCAGGAUUGUGAAGGAAGGCUUUAGGAAAUGUGGCAUCUACCCGCUAAACCACUUCACCAUCAACGAUGGUCAUUUAAUGCCAUUGCACAGCAUGGGGCCUGCAGCUGGUCCCUCCUUGUCCACAUCAGUACAGGGGGUGCACGCUGUAGGAGACGUCAUAGCUGCUGGACCGUCCUCCUAACUCAUAACUGCUCAAGACUAUCAGUCAGCCAUCAGUACCUUUACAUAAAACUUGGCUAGUUCUGUCAUUUGAAUUACACCCCAGCUUGAGUAUUGUUUCCCACCUCCUCCAGCUUCCUUGCAGAGUGCUGCGUUUGUCAGCUUGUCAGAAGAAAGGGGUGUCAAUAUUAAAUACAUGUCAAUGUUGUGGUCAAAGGGUUUUUACUGGACUAAGAAAAAGAUAUAUGUUUUCAUGUACACCAUUUUUAUUUUUAAGUUUUAUUUUCUCUAAGAUGUCUCUAAUUAUUGAUUUUUUUUGUAAAAUAUUGGACACUUUGAGGCCCCUUAAAAUCCUUCAAAUGAUAAAACAAGCGGAGAAAGGUUUGGUUGAACUGUUCCCAAAUCUGUCCACAUUAUGGCCAUAACCUGUGACAGAGGGUUGAAAAUAGAUGUUUCUUCAUUUCAGGGGAUCACAAGCCAAAAACAUUGAGAACUACUACUGUACAACAAAUGAACUCAAGCUCUGUCAUUUUGUCUUGUGAUUGAUGGCCAGCUAGCUAAGCAAACUAACACUAAGCAGUAUGAAUAGAGACAGAGUGGGGCUUGAUUUCUAUUUUAGUGGAGUAAGCUGGAGGCUAUUCUGUGAGCUAGCUUGUUAACUGUUCUGGACUGAUCAAACAAGCGGUUUAAUAAUUCAAUGUGUAUUCAGCUAACAUAUUCAAGCAUGAGAACCAAUUUACCUUUAUUGUUCUUAAACAUAUUUAGAUAAAAAGGAAAGAUUUUAAAACUAAGCCACAUUGUCAAGCGUUAUCUUGUUUGAAACUCUCCAUAAUUAAAUUAAAAAAUACAAUGUGAAAAUGUAGUUAGAUGUUGAGGUCUGGUAACAACGUGUUUUAAUACUGACAGAAGGAAAAUGAUAACAAAAACUGCUAACUCAAUUCAAUUGUGAAUCAAAUUAUCCCUUUGCUUGAGUAUUCUGAAUGUACUUGGCCUAUUCUGUAGUUACAAAAUUAAUUUAUAUUGUCUAAAAUAACAAAGAACUAUUAAGGAAAGUUGAGCCUGUUUUUUUUUUUUAAUUUGGGGAGGGGGGUAUUUUAACAUAAGUGUCCAAAUAUAUUAUGUCUUUAAUUCACAUAGAAGAAUGGACCCUGUAUGAUCUCAGCAAGAAAAUAACGCAGAAAAAAAUGAAAAUUUAAAUAUUUUUGCAUCACAAAUGUGUCCAUAGGCUUAAUAAUUUACUAAAGUGUGUGUGUGUGUGUUCAUGUACGUGUACAUGCAAUAGGUACAGCUGGCAACAAUACACAGGCAGGCAACGUAUUAUGAUUACUUUGUAAAUUAAUGUUUCAGAACAUCUCUUCAGUCUAAACAAAGUAUGAUUAUUUAAUACUAUAUUACAGGAAAUCAUGACUUUUUGUGCUCCGUACAACAAUGACACUAUUAUUUAA